AUGGAAGCCAUAUAUAUGAGCAGCACAAACACGGAAGAACGAGACAGCCCGAGGGCCUUGCUAACUACAGGUGAUGGAACGGAGACAAGGGUUCCGCGUAAACUGCCCAAAAUCAUAUUGCUGAUAGUCUGUGCUGUCAUUUUCGGCGGUGUUGUUGCUGUUUUUGGGAGCUCGGCCUCCCAAAACUGGGGAUUGCCACCAACACCAACAUCACCACCGACACCAACGAAGCCACCAACACAAACAACGCCACCGAAACCAACGAAGCCACCAACACCAACAACGCCACCGAAACCAACGAAGCCACCACCACCAACAACGCCACCAACACCAUCGAAACCACCAACACCAACAACGCCACCAACACCAACGAAGCCACCAACACCAACAACACCACCAACACCAGCGUCCAUCAUUCUAAGCAGCAUGGAUAAGACCCAAGACCCGUGCCAUAACUUCUUUGAGUACGCAUGCGGAGGAUGGAAUAACAGGCAAGUGAUCCCCAACGACAAACUAAAAGUUACCAGAUUCACCGAACUAGAUGACGACUUGCAAGAAAAGCUGAAAGAAUUGAUUGGCAGAGAUCCACAACCAAGCGAGCCGGAGUCCUUCUCCAAAGUGAGAACGUUCUACAGUGCCUGCCUUGACCUAGAUACUAUUAACGGCCUAGGAGCCCGACCGCUUACAGACACAUUGCAGUCCCUUGGCGGAUGGCCAGUCCUUGGGUCCAACCCCGGUGGUAGCUGGAGUCAAAUUUCGUACAACUUCGAGAGGUUGUGGGCGACUCUUAGCUCCCAGUAUAACAUAGAUGUGGUCAUAUUGACUGAAGUUCGAAUCAAUCUAGAAAACACCGGAAGGUACAUUCUCCAGAUCGAUUUUCCAGAAUUCACCGUGCCUCUUCAAUUCCGUGCAGACAGACAGAAACGGCUCGCCUCCUUGAUUCCCGAGUCUUUUUCUAAAGACUUUGGCCGACAUUUGCUCCUGUUGGAUGAACUUGAGGAAAAACGAGCAGCCUACCUACAGUACAUGGUCGACAUUGCCGUGGCUCUGGGCGGAGACCAAAGCGAGGCCAGUAGAGACAUGAACGACGUGCUUGAGUUUGAGAAAAGACUAGCAAGGGACGCCGUGGCCGCCAUUAGCGACGUCUUUGAUCUACCUGACACACUUACUCUGCGCAAUCUUCAAACUACCUACAAUGAGGUCAACUGGGCUAGUCUGUAUCGCUAUCUACUACCAUCAAGCGUGCAACCGUCUGUGUCAGAUAGUGAAAGCAUCGUAGUCAUAUCACCAUCCUACCUUAGGAGUGUUGCUAGAUUAUUGAGAUGGUCGCGACACAGGGUGGUAGCCAACUAUAUGAUCUGGCGACUUGUGAGCAAGAUGGUGCCCUAUCUUGGGGAGGAGUAUGUGGUCAUCCACCAGAAAUACCUGAAGGCUAUUCGCGGGAUCUCUGCAGCUGAAGAUCGAUGGAAGCUCUGCACUGAGCAGGUCAACACCGUGCUACCAUUUGCUACUGGGAGGAUGUACGUGGACGAGUACUUCGCCACAGACACCAAGACGAAGACAGAAGAGAUGGUUGGUCAACUGCGGAGAGCACUGAGAGCCAUGUUUGGGUCAGUCCGUUGGUUGUCAUACAGCGACAGGGCUAAAGCCCGUCAGAAGCUUGAUGCAAUGGGAGUCAGCGUUGGCUACCCAGAUUGGCUGAAAGUGAAUGCCACACUAGAUGCCAAAUCUGUUGAUUUGGUCGUCACAUCAAACUCAUACUUCACCAAUGUUGUCAACUACGGCAGGCGGGUUGCACAGACUCAACUGCGCCGACUGCGGCUUCCCGUUGACAAGUCUUUGUGGGACGAUAGCGGACCUGCAGUGAUCAACGCGUACUACAGCCCUUUUGACAAUGGAAUAGUUAUUCCGGCCGGUAUCCUCCAACCACCAUUUUAUCAUGCCGACAUGCCGUGGUACUCCAAUUUUGGUGGCAUGGGAGUGGUGCUUGGGCACGAAAUAACACAUGGUUUUGACAACAAGGGGAGACUCUUUGACCAACACGGUAACAUCGAGAACUGGUGGAGUUACACUUCUAUCUACGGUUUUACACGCGCAGCAGAGUGUUUGGUGAAUCAGUACUCUGGCUUUGUCAUGCCUGAGAACGGCAAACGUGUUGACGGUCAGUUGACAGAAGCUGAGAACAUCGCUGAUAAUGGCGGUCUGCGAGAGGCUUACAAGGCUUACAAGACUAACACGCCUAGUGUACAGAGACAGCUUCCUGGAUUAAAAGAUCUCACGAAUGAUCAAUUGUUCUUCCUGUCCUACUCACAGGUGUGGUGCAGUGUUAUGACGCGCGAAGGGGCAGACUUGAUGGUCAAAUAUGGGAAGCACAGCCCCGGCCGAUUCAGGGUUAUUGGUCCGUUGCAGAACAACGAAAAUUUCCAAAGAGCCUUCGGUUGUCAGUCGGGAAACUACAUGUACAAAAGUCAAUAUAGCAGAUGCAAAGUGUGGUACUAACUGCCAGCCAGAUGGUUGUUUGAAACCCCCCAAAAGAAAACCAGUAAGGAAUUGUUUUAAAAAAAUAGGAAAACCUAUAACUCACAAUGUUCUGAGAGUAUUAGAGAGGAGUAUCUUUAGCAUAGAACUAGAGCAUAUAUAACCCAUAUGCCCUGUGACGUCAUACCAACGGGCAACCGAUGGGUAACCGAUGGGCAAGUCAAACAUUUAAGUUUCUUUUGCUUUUUGCAGUAUACAGUUUAGGUCACCACUUUUACACCAAUCACAGUUCAAGAGACACACGUGCAAGGCAGAUGAGAACAGUUUUUUACUUUUUUUUCUGGUUAUGAAACCGAGGAUUUCUCAAAAGUGCACAAUAGGCAUUGUAGCUCGAAAGCCCGAGGAAACCUAAAGAGAGUAGACAAUGAGAAAAAAAUUACAGUUUCGGAGGUGGGAGAAAACCCCCAGAAUGAAAUUCUUGGGAAAACUUAAAGAAUCAAAGUAGGGACUGAAAACCCAAUCCACAUGUGGACCAGGACAGCAAUCGAACCCUGGACAGUGCGGCGAAAGGUGAGGACAGUAACCACUGCGGCAACCUGACUCCCAGUUGCUGAUAGUUGGAAUCUCGUGACCACAACAUCCCAUGUGUAGAUAAAUUUAAAACAAAUGGGCUUCAUUCACGUGUCGGCAAUAUUGAAUUGAAAGUGUAUAAAAUCUUAAUUUUUUGACCUUGCAAAUGUAAAGGAAAGCCCUGGAAUCAAGUUAAUUACAAAUAUAUACCAGUCUGCUCUAAUGAGUAAAUUAAAAUUUGUGAUUAAACAUACCCUAAUGUAAAAAGGGGGGCUUGGAACGCAUGAAUAGUCUGGCUACA